UGUAUUAAUGGGAAGCAAGUUAAGAUCGUAAACCAGAAUUUCCAACUCCGAAUUGGCUACUCAUGUUGUUUCUUCGUCACCUCCUAAUCGGCUGCCUAUUAGUCUUGGCAGCUUCUCACCAAGAAUCCGGUGAGUGGACCUGCGAGCCCGACGACGAGGCCCGAAUCUCCGCCCAGUUCAGGCCCGGGAUCGUCACUAUCGACGGCCGCGCCGACGACUGGGUCGACGUCGACGGUUUCGAGUUCCCGCUGCGCCCAGCGCUUGAUCCUGAUGAAGAUAAACAGUACAAAGCGGGAAAAAUGACCGUUAAGGCUUUGCAUGAUGGAGCAGAUGUUUACUUCAUGUUGCAAGUUGCCGGAGAUUAUGUAUACUCCAAAGGUGAUGACCAUAUGUGCCCAUCAGUAGCCUUGAUGUUUCAAGUUGGAGAGAGUGCUACUUAUCAUAAUAUGGGUGGAUGCAAGGAAUCACCCGAUACAUGCAACUACACGAAUUGUCGUGACCAUGAAGUCGACAUCAUGCACUUCUCUAUUGGAAACUCUAUUCCAGGAAGAUUGUAUGGUGGCAAUUCCAUAAAUGAAGAGGGUAAAGAAGACAGUGUAGGUCUGGUUGAUAUGUUUUCCUGGAAUCCACACUGUCGAAACAUAGAUGGUAGUGGUCCUUCAGGAAAUAGUUCUGCUGCACAGAACGACUGGAGAGGUGCAUGGUGGCACAGCAGUUUUUCGACCAAUACAGGAUAUAUUGAGGUUGACAGUCCUUAUGGAUCAUCUGGUCAGAAAGGCACAUAUUACUUUGAAUUCUCUCGCCCUUUGAGAACCAUGGAUCUUCUUCAACGGGAUGCCCAAUUCAGUAUUGGACAGUCAAGCAAAUUCUCGGCUGCACUGUGGUACCCAGGUGAUGGAAAUCCAUGGCAUGGUUCAGCUCACUAUACAGUAAGCUGUGAUUGGGUGGCGAUGGACGUGGUUCGUGGCUAUUCCACACAUAAGGAAGUAGGAUCUUGGGAUGCAGCCAGUGCCUUUGCUUUUGUGAUUUCUGUUGUUGCAUUAGCCGUCUCCAUCUUUGUGGGUUAUUUGUUGGUUUCCAAAUCAAAAUCCAUCGAUUUUACCCCAAUCGACCGCCUAUGAAUUCUUUCCUUCCAUUUUUCUUCUGCACUCUUGAUUGCCUCUCUUUUUAUACUUGAUCCUCAUUUUUGUUCUCUCUCUCUCUCAUCACAUCUUCACACACAAACACACUUGCAUCUACGAGACUAUGAGAGUCUGUUAUUCUCAUUUAUUUGUUAGAAGAAAACUUUGGAUGCUCAUCUCGAUGUGUACUAUUCCACAGGAUUGUAAACAUCUCCAAUUUAUGGAGAUAUGAAUAUGGUAGUUAGAUUGUAAAAUAACAAUCCAAAUUUUUGUUGUAAUAUGAUAUGGUGGUUUGAAA